GUCCUUGGAAGACAAGCGGAAGUGCCUGGGCGGAACAGCCUUGCAGGGACAGAGAGAAUAAGAAAGAUUGCGGAGAAGAAAACGAAAAUAUUGCAAUUUAAUUAAAAGCAUUUUUUUUAAAGCACGUCUUAUAUUACGAUUUGGGAAUUCAUUUUCAAUCGCCAUGAUUCUUCUGGAAAUCAACAACCGUAUUAUAGAGGAGACGUUGAGUCUGAAAUUCGAGAGUGCGUCCAAUGGGAACAAACCUGAGGCAGUAGAAGUAACAUUUGCGGAUUUUGAUGGUGUUCUCUAUCACAUUUCCAACCCCGGAGGUGAUAAAACAAAAGUGAUGGUCAGCAUUUCCCUGAAGUUCUACAAGGAACUGCAGGAGCAUGGCACAGAUGAGCUGCUGAACAGGGUUUACGGAAAUUUUCUGGUGUCGCCAGAAGCUGGCUAUAAUGUCUCUCUCCUGUUUGACCUGGACAAUGUCCCUGCCAGUAAAGACGAGGUGAUCCACCAGGCUGGCAUGCUGAAGCGGAACUGCUUUGCUUCAGUCUUUGAGAAGUACUUCAAGUUCCAGGAGGAGGGCCGGGAGGGAGAGAAGAGGGCUGUUAUCCACUACAGAGAUGAUGAAACCAUGUAUCUUGAAGCAAAGAAGGACAGGGUGACAGUGGUUUUCAGCACAGUUUUCAAGGAUGAUGAUGAUGUUGUGAUUGGCAAGGUGUUCAUGCAGGAGUUUAAGGAAGGAAGGCGUGCCAGUCACACAGCUCCUCAAGUCCUGUUUAGUCACAGAGAACCUCCUCUUGAGCUGAAGGACACUGAUGCCGCUGUCGGAGAUAACAUUGGGUACAUUACCUUUGUCCUCUUCCCUCGGCACACCAAUGCAAAUGCAAGAGACAACACCAUCAACCUCAUUCACACCUUUAGGGACUACCUGCACUACCACAUAAAGUGCUCCAAGGCCUACAUUCACACACGCAUGAGAGCCAAGACUUCAGACUUCCUCAAAGUGCUCAACAGGGCUCGACCUGAUGCAGAAAAGAAGGAGAUGAAAACCAUUUCGGGCAAGACUUUUGCUGCUCGUUAAGAAGAGAACACAACCACCUCGGCCUGUUGUGUCUUCAGCAUCAGUACUAUACUUUCUUAUCUGGAUAAAAAGCCUUCUUUUUGGCCAGCACAUUCCAUUUUGUAGAAGCUGGAAAUUUGCAAACAAAAAAAGAGGGUAAAUGCAUACCUUGCUUUGCAUAAUUAUAAAGAAAAAAAACUAUCUUUUAUUUCAUUGGACAUUUGGUAUUUUGCCUUGCAGCCUACAUCUGCAGAGAACUAACAGUGUUCGCUACAAAGUGCAGUAUCCCCUUCUUUUUCUUUUCAUAUCUCUGCCUGGAAGAAUUGCCUGUACCCAUGGGGUUUGCAAUCAUGGUAAAGAAUAAACUCGUAUUAAAAAAAAUCUUUGUCUGGUGUACACCAUUAAAUUGAAGAGUGCGAUAUUUCAUAUAUUUGAGUUGGUAAAAAGAACUGACUUUUAAUUUAAUUGUUUUACAUUAUGUAUUUGCUUCUGAGAUAUGUUUUUCUGAAAUUAUUCCUAUCCAUAGGAGAUUGUGGUACAGUAUAUUGUUCUUGGGAGAUUAAUCGUUCAAUUUGAAAAUCUUGAGAAUGAAAUUAUCAGUACUGUUUUUUAAUGUAAUUGUCUGCAGUGUGAUACAGAAAUGUAACAAUGUUCCAGCUUGUAAUUUUAAACUGUAACAAUCUGCGUCAUUUUAGAUAAAUUUUAGGUGAAUUAUGGUACUAUUUUGUUUUUUUGAGGUCCCUAUAGGGUUUGCUUGAAUUAAAGCUGUUUUCCAGAGAACAC